AAACUGCAUAAAAAUACGUUUUUUGCAAGCUUGGUUGCACGUUUCAUAAAGUUUUGCCGGAACUCCUGGAACACAGUUCCGAGAAUUUUGUUUCCGACCUUCGGAGAACUUGCGAAUUAUUCUCGCGGAAAUUUGCGCGAAAUAAAAUACAGGAAGAACUUCAUGCAUGUUUUAUUAUUUGAACUUCCGCCAUGUAGUUACAAAGCGCCUUGAUCAGAAUAUUUUUUUGUUUAUUUAUUUUAUCGCCCGGAGUAUAAAUACCAACGAGCUAUGCACUUUCCUACAAGAACAGAAGUCCUUUCAUGGAAUGAAAAUCAAGUUGCCGACCUGCUUCGUGAACACAAAUUAUUUGAAUGUGUUGAUUGUGUUUAUCAAAGGCAUAUUGAUGGACAGAAGUUGCUGAAUCUAAAGGAGGGCGAUGUUUUGUUUUUCUUGGAAAUUCAUGACCCAAAGAAUAGAGAGAAAUUCUGGAAUAUUGUGAAGAGGAUUACAGAAAAAAGUGCUGGCGGUGUUCACAGUUUAAUGAACAAAUUUCAAGAUGGGUCUGGAUGGAAUAACAAUGCAGAUGAUGAUGGCAGAGACGAUAGAAAUGAAUUUUCUGAAUCUGAGGAUUCAUUUAGUGAUUCUGAUCAUUCUGAUAAUUAUGAUGAACCAGAAGAAAAUAAUGGGGUUUCUGUAGAAAGAAGACUAACAAUUAGAGAUAGACUACAGAGCCUUAUCAAACAGCCUGCUGAAACACAACAUCAUGUAACUGAUGAUACUGAAGAUCCUGAUGAUCCUGAAGAUUAUCCAUGUGAUGACAUUUAUGACAUGCCUGAGGAAGGAUGUGGAGAGCCUGUAGAAGAAGAUAUGUAUGAUGUACCAAGCGAUGAAUCUGGAGGAGGAGUUGUUGGUCGUCGACCUCCAUUAGAAAGGAAAGAAAGCGAGCAAUAUCUCAUACCAGAUGAUACAAAGCUUAAACAGCUCUCCGAUGUCGAAGACGAGGAGAACUAUGAGGACAUGGAUGGUGGGAAACAUCCAAUGGGUGAUGAUGAUGACGAACCGCAAGAUGAUUAUGUCGUUCCGGACACAAAACCAACGUCAAUAGUUCCGCCUCGUCCACCCAAGGCUACUAAUGUUAAACCUGCUCAUUCCUCGUCUUUGGCAAAUGGACACAAGAAACCCGCCGUGCCGAAGAAUAACGCAAUCAAACAAUUACAAGCAAAAUUCCUUCAGGAACCUAAGAAGGAAACUCCUCAGCCACCGAAAGCUUCCAAAAAAAUGCCACCGAAGCCACCAAAUAUCUCCAUACCGAGAAAGUCCAACACUACCAAGAUGAAGGAUCAGCCGAAAAUUCCCGCUCAACCACCUCGAGUUCCUACGAAAGAAGUGAAAACUCCAGAUACUCCGGAUGAACCAGAUCAGGAGGAAUACGAGCUUCCGGAUAUAAAACCAUUUAAAGCACCGCCAUCUGUUCAGCAACCCCGUGUUCCAUCCCCCUCGGUAACCAAGAAACAGAGCAAUCUCAGGAAAGUCCCUGAACCAGAGCAGGAAACGUACGAGCCUCCAGAUCAACCACCACGACCUACAAAGAAACCACCAAAUACUCAAAGAAAGGCUCCAGAGCCUGAACCGGAGACUUACGAGCCACCUGAUCAACCAGCACGCCCUCCUCCAAAGCCACUAUCAAAACCACCACCGCCCAUGGAAAUGGAUCAGGAGGAAUAUUUGGCCCCAGAGAGACCAGAGACGCCACUACGUGCUGGUAAGAAACCGCCGAAGCCUGCCUUUUCUCAAGAGCAGGAGAAUUACGAGCCUCCAACACCGCCUAGCAAAAGUGUCCAAGGACGCAAUCUUCCCAAUCUCCCCAAUCCUAUGACUGGAAAUGAUCCUGAAGAAAAUUAUGAAGAUCCAAAUAUGAUAACAGGCGAAGAAGAGUUCGAUGAUGCUCCGCAAGAAGAUUACGAGAUUCCAGAUACAUCUGACGUACCGCCUAAACAAGUUGCUCCUGAAUCGACCAAGAAAUCACCUUUGAAGAGCAUUUUUCAUCGCAGUCCUUCAAAAAAAGUCGGUUCUGACCUUGCACCUAAGAUUGAAAAAAAGAAAACAUUUAAAAAGGAACCUCCAGCAAAACCUUCACCAUCCGUGCCUGAAACUAAGCCUCCGUCCAGACAGGGUCCUAAUUCUCUUGGAAAGAGUGUCAUGGACAAAUUUAGGCGAGAUAAGAAUAAUGAUAAACGAAGCUCAAUGGCUUUGCCUAGUUUACCAACACCAAAAGAUGAUGUGGACUCCAAGCUUGGAAGUUCAAGUCCCUCGCUACCUCCAAAACCUCCUCCAAAAGAGAAACCUGCCCCAGUUCAGCGAAAUAAACCAGAACCACCUGUUGCCAAACCACCUAAAAAAACGAAAGAGCAGCUUCUCCAAGAACAACCAUGGUUUCAUGGUUCAAUAUCAAAACUACAGGUCUCCAACAUACUGAAAAGUGCGAAAAAGGAUGGUUCAUAUCUUGUGAGAAAUAGCUCCAGGAAUCCUGGAGAAUAUACCAUGUCCAUUCUGUAUAAGAAUGACAUCAGACACCUUAAUAUCCCUUGCGAUAGCAAUGGUCACUAUCGUUUGGGGACUAGUGGAGUGGAGAGAUUCAAAGAUAUCCAGGAAUUGGUGACUUACUUUCUCAAACAUGAUGUUGAGUUUAGUGCAGGAGGCAAGACUCCUUUGACACAUGCUUGUCAUAAUUAAUGAGGUUUGAACACAACUCAUCAAUU